AUGUCUCUUCCUGGUGUUCGAUGUGAUGAUCAUCGUCGUCGAUGGGAUGUACGAGAAUAUGAAAAGAAAGCAAGUGAUCGAAUAGAAAAUCUUCGUUCCGUCAAAAAGAAACCAGCCACAACUGAUAGUGAUGAUGAUGAUGAUGGUACUGAUGAUUAUCAGAAGAGAAGUGAUGAAAGAAAAAUUGCUCGAACACAUCUUCAAGCACGAGAAUUUAAAGUUGAUUUAGAUUCUCGAUUGGGUAAAUCUGUUAUUGUUACAAAAGCAACUGCACCAUCUGAUGCUGGAGGAUAUUAUUGCAAUGUAUGUGAUUGUAUUGUAAAAGAUUCAAUUAAUUUUCUGGAUCAUAUUAAUGGAAAAAAACAUCAACGAAAUAUGGGUAUGUCAAUGCGUGUUGAACGAUCGAAUGUUGAUCAAGUACGAAAACGAAUUGAAAUGAAUAAAGCAAAACAAACUGAAGUUCAAAAAGAAUAUAAUUUUGAAGAACGUCUGAAAGAAUUGAAAGAAGAAGAAGAAAAAAUGAAAGCCCAACGACGUGAUAAAAAGAAAGAUAAUAAAAAACGAAAAAUAGACGAAUAUCAAUCAACUAAUGAUAAGGAUGAAGGUGGCGAAGAUGAUAUGGCUGCUAUUAUGGGAUUUAGUGGUUUUGGUGGUUCAAAAAAAUAA